CUAGUCUGCUUGAUUUUGUAAGGAGAAAUUCUGUGUUGGUUACUCAUGGGAGUUGGAGGGACUGCAACUUGUUUGGAGGAUUUGGCGGACUGUACCUGCUCAGCAUAAUUGCAGAAGUGCCCGCUCUUCUUCCCCCUGGACUUUAUCACCACAGAGGACGCUUCCGAUAUAACUGACAGAUUUAGAUCGUGUUUAUAUUCAAUUGGAUAAAUUUAUUUAUUCUGACCACUACAGAAAGGAGCAAAAAUAUAAAUAGCACCCCAUCGGCUUUUGCACCCUCGUGCAGUAUCGUGACCAUUGACCGGGACAUCUCCCAGGGGACUAGUACACCACACGCAACAGAGCUGCUAUAGCUAGUUUGCACGUAUCUGAGAGGAUUACGAUUCGCGGUCAAAGGAAUGUCCUAGCCUGAUGUUUUUCUGUCGAUAGGCGAGAAAAUGUGGACAGGAACCAUCAGAUUAAAUGGCUAGGGAGUUAAAUCUUGGGUUUGCUUGGUUUUUACUUUGCUGCUUCGUCGCGAUAGCAAGACCAGAGCAAGAUGAAUCAGCUCCAUGGUACAUUGGCUGUUUCAAUAACAGGGACUUCACUGAUGGUUACAUCACUAAUGGUUCAUCCAACACAUCUGCUCAAGAAAAUCAUAUGACACCAGUAUGCUGUGUUAGUCAGUGUGUGCAUAAUGCAAGCUUCAGAUAUGCUGCAGUAAGAAAUGGAAGCAUCUGUAUUUGCCUAACAGAAAUAGACAAGAAUGCCACCAUCAAUGAUACUAACUGCAAUACUAGUUGCCAUGGUGACAAAAGUAUCAAGUGUGGAGGAACACACGCAAGUAGUAUUUACUCAACAUCUGUUCCACUUCUUGUAUCACUGAACAUCAGUCUACCAAACCAAGCUUUACAAGGCACUUUAAUCACCAUCACAUCUAUGCUGUCUAUCAAAGGAUUGGGAUAUGAAGUCAGUGGUUUGAACAGGAUAAAACAAGGAAAUCAAACUGCUUACAGCAUUUUCAUAGAAUGGUCUGUUCAAGGCAAGGUUUACAGUAAUGCAAAAGUUAAUCUGACUGGAAACUCAUUGAAUAUUUCAAAUGACAUAAUAUUUCAAAACUAUAGCAGUCAUGACGUUUGUGUUCUUGCCUAUAACUUGUUCUCAAACCAGCGGAGAUGCAGUCAUAUUGAGGUUUUAGUUCCAAUAACUGGCCUGCAACUUGUCACUGCAUUUCAAGGAGGAAGCAAACUUCCCAUCAGAUUACCAUCUUUAUCAGUUAGAAGCUGUAAAUUGGUGUAUUUUAAAUGGACUAUUGGUCGCGGGUCCUUCCCUGAAUUUAGAUUUGACUUUGGAGAUGGAAGUGAUCCAUUUGUUGCUACAGACUCCUCGUCAGAUCAAAAAUCACUGAAUUUCACUUGUAUGACUGUUUCUCACAUCUUUAAAAGAAGAGGCAAUUUUACAGUCAAUGUCAAAGUGUCAAAUGCCAUUAGUCAGGAGUCCAAGACCUUUAAUGUUCAUGUGGGAGCCUUUAAAGCAAGCAUUGAACUUGUGAAGAAUAGUGAGGAUUGUUUGUAUGUUGAAGCAAAUAAGCACUCAACAUUAAAAGCCAGAAUCUUGGAUUCAGAGGAUUGUAAAGUUCGCUAUGAUUGGAAUUUUAAUGAUUCUUCACCAAUCAAAGCAACUACAGUUCCAUGGGUGAGUCACAAGUUCUCCCUUGCACAUCACCGGUAUAAUGUGACAGUUGUUGCAUUUUAUGAUCAUGGUGAAAUUCAGAGAGUGGACCAUGUGUGUCCUAUUAAAAAACUACAAGGUGUGAUAGUAAAGCCUGAGAAGCCACACCUGAUAUUGGAGACAGGUGAAGACACGACGUUCACUGCAGAGGUAUUACCUGCAAUAGGACCAAAUGGAAACGUCAAGAUCAAGUUUCACAGGGAUGAUAGGGUGCAUGCACCAGUGGGCAACAUGAUGCGUGCCAUAUUUUGGGAACCAGGAAGGUUUACUCUGAAAGCUGAAGCAGAAAAUGAAGUCAGCUCUGUCUAUUCUAAAGAACUAUUGAUCUUUGUGUAUGAAGAAAUAUCUGGGCUCUCUAUCCACCUUGAAUCAACAAUACUGUUAGGAAAGCCUUCACAUCUGACGGCAAGUGUGAAGAAAGGGACAAAUGUUACCUUCUAUUGGGACUUUGGAGAUGGUUCAGUUAUAAAUACCACAUCAACACGUAUUACACACAACUACACAAGGAAAGGGGAACACAAAAUCAACCUUAUUGCCUCUAAUCCUCUUAAUGAUCCAGAAGAAACAUCAAUCAUAGUCCAAGUAACCGAUUCACCCACUUGUUAUCCACCAGCUGUCACCAUGCUUGGACUUAAUGGAGGAAAGGUUCUUCGAUCAAGAGAGCUUCGGUUAGAGGCUGAUGUUGAUGUAAACUGCCAUAAGGCUGAUCAACUUAUUUACACGUGGAAGGUAACUGCAGCAUCUGGUGCCGAUGAAGGAACUAUAGUUGAGUUAGAGGGAGCGAGUUUCACAAGGGAAGCACUUGUCAUUCCUCCCCAUCAGUUGAAUUACGGAAAAUAUUUUUUCCAGCUUGAGGUUAAAGGAAAACUUACAGGAUUAGCCUCAUUUACCAAAGUGCGGGUGACUGUCGUGAAGAGUCAUCUGGUGGCUGUGAUAAAAGGGGGCACUUCAACGGUUGUUGCGUAUACACACAAGGAAAUUGUAAUGGAUGCGUCACCCUCUUACGAUCCUGACUCUCCAGAUGAGAGUCAUCUACUGAGGUUUUACUGGAGUUGCCAUCCGUUAAGAGACGAAGCCAAGUCGUGUUUCAAUGAUUCAAGAACGCCUGUCUCAAUGAAAAGAAACCAGAGUGUUCUUAAGUUUCAAGUAGACUGGCUUUUGGAAGACGACUCAUUCGACUCCUUUGAGUUUUUGGUCACAGUGGCAAAGGAUUCCAGGAAAUCCACAGCCUCAAAGGUUCUAAUCAUGAACUCUGCGCCUGGACAUCUGUUGUCUACUCACUGCCUUCAGUGUGAUAAGGGUAUUGUGAACCCCACUGCACCUCUUGUUGUUGUGGGCCUCUGUUCGUCAUGUCCCUCACACAACACCAACAUUUCUUACGAGUGGUACAUCUAUCACGUUCAACUUGUUGGCUCUGACCCUCCCAAGAAGGAGGAAGAGUGUGAUAGUGAAUCGGUAACCGAUGAACCGACCAGUCCAAUUCAAAGCUCUGGUUUUCAUGGUACAUCGAGACCGUUGACCUCACAACCGACUUCUUCCCCUCUUAGAAGUUCAAAACCAACCAGUACGUUAUCAACCGUCAAGCACACCCCUGCAACCAAAAGACGUGGCCAAUUUGGCCUGGGCGCAAUCUGUAUGGAUCCUAAUUUCUAUGGACCUCUCCCAACUAUGGAAACGACCAGACGGCCUCCUUUGGGUUCCGGAACUGGCACUGGUACCGGUGCUGGCUUUGGCACAGGAAAAGGAGUUGGAACAGGAAGUGGUGUUAUAUUUAAUACGACCUCAAGUGACCCGGGCAGAGGUGAUAAACCUGACAAACAUGACGAUGAUGAGAGUGGUGAUUUGUAUUUUCCAACAUAUGUACCACAGUCUGGAAAGCUUUCCGGAAGUAUCAUCAGUCUAAAUAAAAACCCCAUGAGACUUUUGGAAAAACACACAACUACAGGCCUCAGGAGCCAAAAUUUCGUUUUGCUCGGUGGCUUUUUUCCACCAGGCCAAAUGUACAUGGUGGCGCUCCAGUUGCAUGAUCACAGCACAGGCCAGAGAGGAUUAGCAUCCAUCUACUUCAACACAAGUAGAACUCCCCAGUGUGAAACAUGCACAGUAACACCUUCCAUUGGAGAUGCUUUGGAGACACCAUUCCAGCUGACGUGCUCUGAAAAAGCUGCCAAGAUGUGGCCCAUAAGUUACCGCAUAAGCUAUACUGUUGAUGGUCUCAGUGAUGAGAAAGAGGAGAGAAUCCUGGUGUACUCCAGCUACAGAUCAGAAGUUCAGUUUGUUUUACCCCCUGGACUGGCGGCCUUAAAUUAUACAGUUAAAAUCCAUGUGACAAUAGCCAGCGAGGAAGUAAAGCGGUAUUUUCGACCUAUGCAAGUGAGGGUGUUGCCUCUGAAUGUGUCAGAGGGUGUCUCUGUAGAAGAAGUGUUGUUGAAUAAGACAGACGGGAGGCAUUGGUCACUGUUAGAAGAUACAGGGGAUGAGCAAGGCAUUCGACAGUUCAUAACAGCUUUGGCAAAUUCACUGAACAGGCUUGGAUCUGUCAAAAAUGUUAGCUCUAGAUUUAGCAUGAGAACGGAUAUCAGAGAAAGACUAUUGCAAAACCUCUUGAAUUUCACCCGGAAUGACAAGAAUUCAGCCUUUCAGACGAGUCUAGCUCUUCAGAUGCUGACAGCAAGACCAACAGAGCUUACAGAGACUAGUGUUGAAUUGGCCUCGUUAUUGCUGCAGCAUCUGAGUGAUAUGAUGCAGUCCACUCACCGAAGGAUGGGUGCCAGAUGGAUCGAAGGCAGAUUUUUCCUUAGCGAAGAAUUUAUCAAGGCAGUAACAAGAAUAACAUCUGACCUGAUUGAAGCAUCUUCACUAUUAAAAUCUAGAAAUAAAAGACCUCUUAUCAAAGAAGAGAAAAGAGAUGAUUUCCUACUCAAGGCAACUGAGGCUGCAGAGAAUCUUGUUAAGGCUAGGUUGUCUGUGCAAGUUCUUGGGGAGAAGCCUCUUUUGCUAACCUCAGCCAAGAUCCGAGUGAAUGCAAGUCAGACAGCUUCCAUUGAUAAUGUGCUCUUCUCUCACGCUGGUGUCAAAUUCCACAUGCCUGUGAAUCUCGAAAAACAUCUAGGCGUUACAUCGGCUGCUGUCCGAAGGAAUUGUUAUGGAGCUGUGAUGACUGUGUACAAGGAAAAUCCUUUCUUUAGUGAAAUGCAUCACUCACAAGUUGGCAGCCUUAGCCUCAGCAACUGCAAUGGAGGGGAUAUCGAAGUGAGAAAUCUUAGUCGUGGAAUUGAUAUCUUCAUGCCUCAUGAACAUGAUAAGGCCACCCAACGAGGGGAAAAAUUUACUCUGCAAUGGAAACAUGAGAAUGUUCAUGUUAUUAACGAAACCAAAAAGAUGUCUCGCCAGUUGUUACACGUUCAUCUUGAACCUCUUUCCAAGCUGCCCGCUGGAUUUGCAGUCAAAGUGAUUGUCAGCACUGCUGAACCUGGUUCAUCAGUACGGAAUCGAAACGAACACACCGCUUCAAUUUCAGGAGAAGACGUGUUCAUAAAUAUAGCUCACCACCAGCUUGAAAAUGGUUCUGGGUCUGUAUAUGUGAGGGUUCUAAUGGAAGACAGAGCAUACUAUCGGAUUAGAUCGAUAAAUAAGGGCCCCAGCUUCACGUACCUCUUGAGUAUUCACUGGAUGGGUUGUUUCUACUGGAAUAAGGAAGUGAAGAAGUGGUCCACUGAUGGCUGCAAAAUAGUGGAUCACAGUGCAGAGCAAAUAUUUCACUGCAGAUGUAACCACCUUACAGCGUUCAGUGGAGCAUUUUUUUACCCACCAAACUCACUGUCAAUAAAGGAUCUGACAGAUGCAGCCAAGUUGGAGCGGUCGCCACUGGCGUUAGCCCUCGUCUUCAUUAUCUUAUUGCUGUACUUAGUCCUUCUUGGUUUUUGCAUAAAAGCGGACAAACACGAUAAGAAGAAGACACAAGCAGUGUAUAUCACGGAGAACACUAGUGGGAAUAAACCUAAAGCGCUAGCCAUCACGGAAAGGUUUCAGAUAACUCUGCAGACAGGUCACUGGUUUGGAUCUGGAACAUCCGCCAAUGUUUUCCUUCUACUCCAUGGCGCUAACUGCGUAUCGGAUCCGAUUGAGUUGAAGUCCGAUGAAGACCAUCCUCUGUUUGAAAGAAGUUCUUGUGAUGUUUUUGUUGUGAGUUUCCCUGGAAGGAAAUUCAGUGACAUCUGGAAAAUCCACAUUUGGCACGACAACUCGGGAAAUGAUCCAAACUGGUUCUUAGAACAAGUUAUUAUCAAGGAUGUCAACAGAGGAGAUACAAGGGUUUUCAACUGUAACAGAUGGCUCGCUGUUGACGAAGCUGAUGGAAAGGUUGAUUGUGAGCUUCUGGAGACAACGAGUCACCUAAACAGUUUGAAAAAGUGCUUCUCUGAAUUCUCCAUGAAGAGCAUCUCGGACUAUCAUCUCUGGUUUUCUUUGCUUGGGCGGCCAUCUUAUAGCAGGUUUACACGCGCACAGCGGCUUACUUCCUGUGUGUCUUUGCUGCUCAGUUAUCUUUGUGUAAACAUUGCAUGGUACAGGCCUAAAAAACAGGUUACAGAAGUGUUGGGACUUUUAGACAUAACCGGUGAGAGCCUUUGGAUUGGUGUCCUGUGCAGCUUGGUAGCAUUGCCGCUCAAUCUCCUGUGGAUUUUCCUAUUUAGAUACAGUCGACGAAAAUUUCGCCGUCAUGUGAAGGUUUAUCCGAUGUCUGAGCCGCAAACGAACUCCUCAGAGCUUAUGACUUCAGUUCUCGACCACUCGCUGGAAACUGUUGGCAUGUUGACCAAUAUAAGCGAACGAAAGAGGUGGUUUCGAACGGUUUUUGAAUGGGAUGACGCCGACUCCGAUUCAUCAUCUUGCGUGUGUGGCUCUCAGCUGAGCCUCGAUCGAGCCUCAGACAGCACCAGUCAAGGUGAUAAUACGGGCCAGGGUGGAUUGAGCUAUUCUAAAAGACCUAUUCCUCCUCACGCCGACUUACUGGACGCAUGCGACUUCCUUAGAGACAUCGGACCACUACGCAAAAAGUCGCUGGACUUCGACAAACGUAGCACGUAUAGCGUGUCGCUGGUGUCUGAAGAUCGGGGAGUUUAUCAUUCCAGAUUCUCUCUACCGCACGGCUGUGUUUAUGUGGCGUGGUUGGGGUGUCUGUGCACUGCUGUUACUGCUGCGCUGUUAACUGUUUGGUAUGGAGUAAGUUUUGGAUGGGAUUUGUCUGUUCGUUGGUUACAGUCGUUCUUUUUCUCUUUACUGGAGUCCUUUCUCGUCUCUCAGCCAUUUAUGGUUGCUAUCUUUAUACUGUACAUGGCAUACAAGUCUAAUGCAAGGAAGGAGGAUGAGGACGUCGAUGAAGGAUUUGAAGACUUGUCAUCUUCCGCUUUGCACGAUAUCCACUACGGCCACAUCAAUCAAGGAUUUCAGGGAGACUCGAGCAGAGAUGGUGAUGAUCUCCAUCCGGCGCUGGCCCUUCGCCGGAGACAGCGGUAUCUCAGGUUUCUUAAACCGCCAUCCGAAUCAAAGCUGUCUGAAGCGCGUAGUAGAUGCACACGAAGCAAAGCUCUCAGGGACUAUACUAUAGAGGUUAUUGUGUCCAUUCUGUUCUUUCUUGUCACCUGCUUCCUGGUCACGAGCAUCACAUGCCCGGAUGUAUAUCAUCUGAACCAGUCGAUCAAAAAGUCAUUUCUCAGUAGGCAGGGAGGUGAUCCUGACAGUGUCAAGGCGGCUUGGAAGGGCAUUUCGUCUGCAUUUUAUGAGAACAACGCUUCGUCUUAUUUCACACCGUUUACGAUCUUAUUGCGUGACAGUCAGAGCCUUUUGUUUGGUCGGACAACGAUCACGCAAUUUAAGACCACUUUGUCAAAGGCUUGUCACGGCAGUCCGAACACAACAAUGUGUCGUAUAACGUGUCACGAAAAGGAAGGCGCUUGGUUUAUCUUAGAGCUUAAUCAAACAAGCGAAGAGUCUGCAAAGCAGCUAAGGGGAAUCGCGGAUUCGCAAUGGAUAGAUGCCUGUACGCGCGAAGUAAAGAUGGAGUUUUCAGUGUACACGCCAUUAUUUCGUACUAUCAGCGCUGCUACUCUGUCAGUGAAAGCAACUUAUACUGGAAAGCCAUUAUGUCGACUGGAGUUAAAUACCUUCCCAGUGUUUUUCAAAUCGACAGAACAAAGCUACUUUGUGAGGAUCUGUAAGCUGUUGUUUGUUGUUCUCCUUCUUUAUCUCCUCCAACACGAAUUUUACUUGGCCAAGACGAUGUCAGCUAAGUACUUUAGGAGCUUCUGGCGGCUCACGCAGCUUUUAACAGUUGCCAGUGCAAGCUUUUCCGUAGUGCUGUAUAUCCACUGGUCAGUGAGUUUGUACGCUCUGUUACGAGAGGUCCAAACUACUAGUCAAACAGACGUGUUCUACUACGCCAAGAUGGUUUCGUCGAGUCAGGAAGCUCUGCAAGCCUUAUAUGCUCUUUUGUUGUUCUUCAUCAUCGUUCGCUCUUUGUAUAUGCUGAGACCUUCUCGAACCAUGGUCCGUAUUAGUAAAUACUUCGCUUCCGUCGUGCGUCCCCUGGCAGCGUCUUUGGUCGUGAUCGUAAUCUUAAUGAUGACCUUUGUUCAUACGGGACAUCUUUUGUUUGGCGGCCUUCACAAGGCGUUCAAGUCAUUUGGAGAUACGUUCUUGCUGGUCAGCAAUUUCUUUCGUUUGGAAGGCGUGAGUCAUUACCAAGGCCCGGGGAUUGAAGAGCAUCCUGUGCUGAUUUUGUUUUACUUUACCAUCUUUGUGGUCGGAUUCUAUACUUUCAUGAGGGGAGCGACUGCUACUAUGUUCAUGUACAGGGUGCCGCACUACAAGAAAAAACGGCACAAGUUACUUGCAGUGGAGGAAUUCUUUCGAAGCAAGAUGCAGCUAUUCAGAGAAAAACUAAAGAGACAAGAAAGUGAUACAUCAUCUUAUGCAGAUGAAGAGGAGGGAGACGAGGAAGAUGAAGGGGACGAAGAGUUAGAAGAAUACGAGAAAGACGCGCCCUUCCCUAUGGAACACGUGUUGGAUGAGGUCCAGGUUCAAUUUGAAGAGUUAUCGCUUCGCAUGGGCAAUUUGAUGGGUUCAGAAGUGUUCGACAAUAGCCAACGUUUUACAGGUGACUUCCUGUCAGGCACAGAUAGCGAUGAAGAUGUGGAGUAUCUUUACCAAGUAGAGCAACGACCCGCUCCGUCUGCGGUCAGCGGCAGUGGAUAUGAAAGUGACCAUAGCGACAUGUCUGCAGCCAGGUGGAAUUUGUCUAGUUCCAGUUGUUAUGAUUUAGCGGACUGCCAUGGGCUAAAUGAGUGGAGGUCUGGACUGGCAGGGGGAAAUGGUGCCAAGCCGGUGAUGUUUACUUCGGAUAGAUGUAAAGCUGAUCGCAGCCCACAGAAAAUCACAGCUUAUCCCAGUGGGGAAACUUUGAUGUUUCAAAGCCACAGCGACCCUUCAUGUUCAAGCUGCUAUGAUAUGUGCAGAAGCAAUCCAUCUUUUACCUUACGUGACGGUGGCAUUCGUGAAAGUGCUCUGCUUGAUACAAGGCUGCGUGAUGGCGUGUUACGCGAGGGAGAGUUACGGGGCAGUUUCUUACGUGACGGCGUGUGGUAUGAGGGUGGCUUGCACGACUCUGUCUCGCGGGGCAACGAUGAUCGUGAUAGACCAGAUGUUAAUAGCGCAAUACAGUCAAAUGGAACAUUCAUUCGAGAUCAAUCGUUCUACUCCACUCAUUCUCGUGUCAUGCGCACGAAACUUGAACCCAUCAUGCCCAAGAACGUCUAUUCCACGGCACGCACGCAUGGGAGACGUAGCCGCGAGGCGUUAUCACUUCAUCCGAGCGCCAACGUUGACUGUAGCACCACAGAGGUAGCUACUAGUAGUGCAUCUGAACUAGAGGUGAGUAGGAAAGGCAAGAAAUCUCAUCGCCGCAAGACUAAAGGCCUUUUCAGAAGUUCUGCAGUAUAUCCUGGUGAGGAGGGGCUGUCUUUGGGCCUAGAUCCACCCGUCCGAGGGCGGGAAGCUCAUUCGGCAGACUCCCAGCACCCAACCACCAAAUCUCCCGCGCAUGCCGCCUGGGGCUUAGCUCCAUCAGCUUCUGAACGGGAGUUUUUAAGGAGGCCAGCUGCUCACGGUUCUGAAGACUCUAGGCUCCACUCAGCUGCUCAGAUCCUUUUACCGUCAUCAUCAGAACGAAGUUUUGUCGCAGACCCGUGCCAUGAGGUUCUGGGAGACUCCCAGUCAAUGAUAUCUGCUGGGGAACUAGAAUCGACUGCUGCCCCAGACCCUCACGUUCCAGAUGGGCCCCUGAAAGGAAUUUUGGGUGACAUAAGUCUGAACAAACCACUUGGUACUGAAAUAUUACCAGACAAUUCGCCGGUGGUUUCCACACUAGGCGAUAAAUACGAAAUUAGAUGAGAAUAUAUAAAUUAUAUACAGAGUUUUAUGAACAUUUUAAAUGGACUUAAUCAUGUGCCUCUCCUCGUACUUUGACUUGUUAGUCAGUAACGAGUCUCUUAUUGUAUGGCUUAAGGGGUGGACGAAGGAGACUCUUAUGAGGGGAGGGGGUGAGGGGGUCAGAAAUGUGAUUCAGAAAACGUAUUUUAUUACUUCCUUUUUAGUAAAAACAAAUACGAGCCUCAAUAAGUUAAGAGAUAUUUCAAGACACGUACUGUGUGAUACUGUCAUUGCAAGGCAGUAAAAAACCCACAGGUGCGAGGCCCUCCACAUACCCCCUCCCCUCCCCCUCUCCCCUCCCCUUCGUUCACCCCGACCCUCUCUCUCUGGAGCGCAGCUAGGCUGGUCCAUUCAAAAACAUGAAUGCUGCCACUCUUUCUCAACGCCUUUAAAUUCGAUAUGAACAAAGGUGCUGAAGAUAUUUAAAAUCUCAAUCAAGACUCUGCAAAAAAGUUGCUUUAAGAUAACAAAUAUAAUUUCAAUGGUGAAUAUUAAUUCGAAACUGGUUCCUCAUGUUCAUGCCGUACAAAUGAAACAUUUUUUGAACUGAAAAUUUGAUAGUGUAGUACAACCGUCGUCGACAUAUUAUCCCUGUUUUUUAUUUUCUGCAUUGUGUAUUGAUACUUAGGCUUUAUACCUUAAUAUUAAUAAGAAUAUUCUCGAUACUAUUUCUAUAUACAUUUUCUACGUGGCUGACAAGGAGAAUUUGUUUAAAAAUAAACAGUUUCUUCAGUCGUUGAUCUUUUCCUUUAUUCCUGGGACCUUAAUGUGGAAUUCAGGAAUGAUAUUUUAAGGAAAUAUUAGAUGCUAUCAAUCUCGGAGCCUAGGAUUUCAGUUGAACGGUUUUUUCAUUUUAUUCAGAGUUUUAUUAUUCAUACCAUAUUGAUAGAAAGUUAAUGUUGGUUCCAAAGUAUAUUUUUAUGCAUCUCAAUUUAAUAUCCUCCAUUUUUGUACAACAACAAAGGUAUUUCAUUUAGUUAUGCAUCUAUUAAGUAACAGAUCAUAUGUAAGUGACGCCAAAAAUAUGGUAAAAAAAGUUGCAUUCGAGCUGCAGACGAUAAUGUUCUCACCACCGAAAUUAUUUUGUCAUACAUCAAGGUAUUUUGUAAUUGAUCAGAUUUUAUUCAAUAUUUUGUACCACAUUUAAAGCAUAGCCAGAGAAUAAAUAUUUAGCUAAUGAAAAUUUUAUUUGC